UUGUUUUCUUUGGCUGAUAAUCUGGAAUUCGUAUUCACUUUUCGUUUUAAAAAAGUACUAUUUUCGUAAGGAAUUUAUUUUGUAUGGUGGACAUUUGUAUGGAAGACUGUAACUGGAACAUAUAUUGAUGGUUUAAUCUUACCGAUAUCUUCUCUAUAAAUAUCAGAGCAUUCGCAGAAUUUUUAGUUGUGCAAAUUAUAUAUAAUGUUUAGACGAAAAACAAAGCAGGCUUUAGUUGAAUAUUCAUGUGUUAUUUUUUAGCUUUUUGGUAUGAAACGAAAUAUUAAUUGAAAUAAUGAAACUUUACGUAGUGUGUUUCUAAUUUUUUGUGAUAAUCUGGAAUUCGUUUUCACUCUUCGUUAAAAAAAAAGUACUAUUUUCGUAAGGAAUUUAUUUUGUAUGGUGGACAUUUGUAUGGAAGACUGUGACUGGAACAUAUAUUAAUGGUUUAAUCUUACCGAUAUCUUCUCUAUAAAUAUUAGAGCAUUCGCAGAAUUUUUAGUUGUGCCAAUUAUAUAUAAUGUUUAGACGAAAAACAAAGCAGACUUUAGUUGAAUAUUUAUGUGUUAUUUUUUAGCUUUUUGGUAUGGAACGAAAUAUUAAUUGGAACAAUGGAACUUUACGUAGUGUGUUUUUGAUUUUAAUAAAAGCGGGGUUGAAAAUAGGGGACUAUUGUCGUUAUAGUACGGAGAUAGGGUCAAGUUCCUAAGUUUUGGAAAACAAGCCAACAGAAGGAAUUUCUUCAGAUGACAGCAGGUGUUCCAGAAAGACUAAGCAAAUCCUACCCCAUGUAUGACAUCCGUCAUUAUCUAUAACUAAAUGUAGUGAUAAUCUGGGCAAAAUACCAAAUUCUGAAAAACUAUGAAAAUUAAAAUGAAGUUGAUGUUAAUAGCUUUCACAUUCACUGUGUUGGUUGUAGGGUUUCGGAAAUUUGAAGAAGAGUUUGGAUCAGUUAUUUAUAAAAGUUUGGUCAUUUUGGAUAAUUUGACCUCAAGAUUUCAGAUUCGGUUUGACGAAACACAGGAUUAUCUCCCUUCAUUUGUUAUAAUACCUGGAGUAAAUCUAUUCGUUUAUUCUGCUGUGGUGGAUGUACCAGCAUCUGAUGACCAGAUACUGGAUGUUCGGAUAGCCGUAUGGGAUGCUUCUGACGUAACGGACUUCGCAUGCUGUUUUACGUCUUCCGGAAGUGCAAAAGUUUUCUCUACCAGAAGUCAAAUGAAGAGUUAUUACAGAUUACCAAUGAUGACUUACUACGCUCGGCAGUACAGCUGCAUUGUUUCAAAAUCUAUUAACCCCAUUGAAGUGUUUUUCUCAGCAACGAGUUGUGAUAUCCUUCCUUCGAAAAACGUCCCAGUUGUAUUUCCGGAAAUUUCCCGGGAAGAUACUGCUUUCUGCAUUAAGGUGGCUUUUGGGUUUGUUGAACCAGAACAUAUUGUGGAGUUCUUUGAAAUUCAUCGAAUAUUAGGUGUAAAGAAGUUUUUAAUCCACAAUUUAAACUUUGACAAGGAUUCUUUAAACGUGUUAAAACAUUAUGAACAAGCUGGUUUUCUGGAAAUUGUGCCGAUUGAUUUUCCUGGAAGCACAAGCGAAAGACAGAAAAAGAUACGGUAUAAACUGCCUCUACUAGCUGAUGCACAGGUAGCUGUUUAUGAUUGUAUAGAAAGAUUGUCUGGGUACCAGUUUGUGGGAAUUAUCGAUUUUGAUGAAAUCUUAUUACCGUCCAACAAAUACAAAAAUAUACCACAUCUUUUAAAGUACUGGUCAAAUUUAUACAGCAAUGCAGCCAGUUUUACUUUUGGUGUAGAGAAUUUUAUGUCGAACUGGAACGAAAGUAACGUCAAUUCCAGUCUCCAUUUUAUGCGAUAUAUUUAUAGAGACGUGGCUCUUUAUGAUCGACCUAAAUGUGUUCAUAUACCAGGUCGAGUCAGCUUUGUAUGGACCCAUGAUGCGCUUCCUUUGCCCACCUACAAAAAAUACAGGAUUCCAUUUAACGCGGGAAUAAUUCACCAUUAUAGAAAAUGUCGGCGACACAUAUCAGAGGAUAAAUGUCUCAAUAGAAUACUUCGAUAUAAAGACGAAGAUCUUCUUCCAAUGGAGCACCAACUUUCGACAGCCGUAAAAACAGUUUUGAGAGAUCUGGAUAUAGCCGAGUCUUUUUAAAAUUAGAUUACAAUUUCAUUUCGUUUCUGUUCUUUUGAUUUUUACACUUUGUAAUCUAAUCAACUUUCUAACAUUUAUAUAAGGCAAUUGCGUUGCAAACGAUUAUAACCAUUGAGUCGCUCUAAACUAUUCUAUUCCCUGAACCUCAUGUGUGCUUUUGAGCAAGAGGUUGCCACAUGUUGCUCCAUCUGUGGUAGAAAGCGUUCUACCCAACGAAAAUUUGGGAAAAAGUUAGAGUCGGUCUAAGAGACGAGAAUUAACAUUAAAGUCAAUGGGGAAAUCAUUUUGAUCUGUGGCCAACUGUUUCAAGGGAAGUGGUAUUAAAUCAAUUCAAAUUGUUUCUUUUGUGGACGACAAAACAAACCAGUAAUAUAAUU